GGGGGAGCCAGGCUUUCUUCAGAUCAGCAUGAGCAAACAAACAGCGCCUCGCAGAAGGUCACCCACAGCUGGAGAGACUGGCCUGUACAGGCAGCAGCCCUCGGGAAAGCUUGCCGUUGGAGUCUGGUGAACACGUGAACACUUUUUCUGCUUUGGGGACGCGUAUCCCGCCGGGAGCAAGCUCUGGUGUUUGGCCGAUUCGUAUUUCGGGGGGGCUUGUUUUGCUUUUGGCUGCGGAACGGCGUUUUGUGUUGACUGACUGUCGCGGGCGCUGCUGGCCCUGUUUGGGAGAAGAAACUCGACUGGGCAGACUUUCACCACUCAGCCUCGUGUUGACGAGCUAUUUGUGAAGUUGAAGGAGAGAGCGCGAAGGGAGGACGGAGAAAUGAGGGAAAAGCCAACGGCGGUCCCGAAACCAGAGCUCCACCUGCCUGUGGUUAAACCAUAGCUGAGAAGCCGGCCCCUGUGGGUGAAUUGGAGGAAUAUUGCUUCAGAUAUUUUCCCCCAGAGUUGGCAGUGAGUCACGCAGCGGCCACAGAGUGUUGGGUGACUUCAGACGCGUGUCUUCUAAAGUUGCUGCGAACAUUAACCACAGAAGGAACCCACAACCCAACCAGCAACUCCAACCCAAAGGGGUUUCUCUCCCUCCCUCCCCCCGGGCGCGUUUCAGAUUAUUGGCACACGACAUCCGAGGACUUGUACAAGAGUCUUUUGAAUUCACGCAGCCUCCCUAAGUAAUUUAGUCAAAGCAUUGCGAAACCGGGACAGCAAGACUUAAGAGCAACGCGAGGCACACCACUGACACUGGGGUUCAAGGCUGCUCUGGCAGCGGGAAAAAGGGCUCUGCAGGAGAACGUUAAUGGAGUUCUGUUCUGUUUAAAUUCUCUAUAGAAUCAGCUGUAAAUAUUUGAUGAAGUACACUAUAUAAUGCUGUGGUAGCCGGUUGACCUUUGAAAACCUCAGCUCACGUCCUUUGCAGCCUGUUUCCCUAGUUUCUUUUAAACUGCUUUUCUUCCUCCUCCAUGUUUGCGAGAAGAGACUGAUGCGUUGAUCUGAAUUCUAGACAGCCUUUAGGCGCAGCGGGAGGGGAAGAAUGUGAUCUUCGAAAAAUGAUAGGAAAUUAACUACUGAAAAGUUUAGGUCCUUCCCUCCUUUCGUCUGUGUGUGUGCGUGGUGGGGGGUGUUUUGUUUUGAACAUUUCCUCUGCUCAAAACGUCUCUCAGUGUGUGGGAUUCGGAAGGACCUUUGAUUUUAAUAACACUGGUAAUUCCCCAAGGGGGUGGAGAGGAGAGAAACUUGUCCACAUCUAUAAGGCCGUUUUUAAAGAGCACACAUAGAUUUCCAGAGAAGAGCGGCCUGAAACUGGAUGCUUGGGUUAAUUCUGGCAGGACCAGGAGGCGCGGCGUUCCCCUGCUCUGUCCAACUGGUCCAAAUUCACUCCUGGACUGGCUUCACUUCAGUGGUCCCUUUUGCACCGGGGCCCUAAGCCUCUUUCUUUGUAUGUGGGUCGCCCAAGAGCCGCCGGCUGAAGAGUUGCGCUCGUAUCGCUUUAUCCGAAGCCCUCUGAGGACCCUUUUCACUCAAAAGGCUUGUUGUGAUGCGUAUCCCCGUAGAUACCAGCACCAGCCGCCGCUUCACGCCGCCCUCCACCACUCUGAGCCCGGGCAAGAUGAGCGACACGCUGCCGCUGGUCGGCCCAGAGAAUGGCAGCAGCGCCCUGGUGGGGAAGCUGAGAAACGCAGAUCGCAGCAUGGUGGAUGUCUUAGCCGAUCAUCCGGGCGAACUGGUCCGCACCGACAGCCCCAACUUCCUCUGCUCUGUCCUGCCGACCCACUGGAGAUGCAACAAGACUCUGCCGAUCGCCUUCAAGGUGGUGGCAUUAGGAGAUGUCCCUGAUGGGACUUUGGUCACAGUUAUGGCUGGGAAUGAUGAAAACUACUCUGCAGAACUCAGAAAUGCUACUGCUGCCAUGAAGAAUCAAGUAGCAAGAUUCAACGAUCUAAGAUUUGUGGGUAGAAGUGGAAGAGGGAAGAGCUUCACAUUGACUAUCACAGUCUUCACAAAUCCUCCACAAGUAGCCACGUACCACAGAGCUAUCAAGAUAACAGUGGAUGGACCUCGAGAACCAAGAAGACACCGUCAGAAACUAGAUGAGCAGACAAAACCUGGAAGUUUGUCCUUUUCAGAGCGCCUGAGUGAACUGGAACAGUUGCGUCGCACAGCCAUAAGGGUUAGCCCACAUCAUCCAGCCCCUGCACCUAACCCAAGAGCUUCCUUGAACCACACAACUGCUUUUAAUCCUCAGCCUCAGAGUCAGAUUCAGGAUACAAGGCAACUUCAGCCAUCUCCUCCAUGGCCUUAUGAUCCAUCUUACCAAUAUCUGGGAUCAAUUGCAACUUCUUCUGUUCAUCCAGCCACACCCAUUUCACCUGGACGGGCUAGUGGAAUGACAUCCCUCUCUGCAGAACUUUCAAGCCGGCUGACAAGUGCUUCUGACCUAACAGCAUUCAGUGAUCCAAGAGUAGGAAUUGAUCGUCCAUUUUCUGCCAUUCCUUCCAUUUCUGAUCCUCGUAUGCACUAUCCUGGAGCAUUCACCUAUACUCCAACCCCAGUCAGCUCAGGAAUAGGAAUUGGCAUGUCAGCCAUGACCACUGCCACCAGAUAUCACACUUACCUACCACCUCCAUAUCCAGGUUCUUCUCAGGCUCAAGGUGGCCCAUUUCAGACCAGCUCUCCUUCAUAUCAUCUCUACUAUGGAACAUCAGCAGGAUCUUACCAGUUCUCCAUGAUGUCUGGUGGUGAUCGGUCUCCCCCACGUAUUCUGCCUCCUUGCACUAAUGCUUCCACAGGAUCUACUCUACUCAAUCCCAACCUUCCAAACCAAAAUGAUGUUGUGGACACUGAAGGCAGUCAUAGCAACUCCCCCACCAAUAUGGGAACCACAGCAAGGUUAGAAGAAGCAGUGUGGCGACCAUAUUGAAUUAUUAUUACAGGUGUUUAAUCUGGUAAUGUCCAUCAUUUUAUAUGACAAAUGAGAGCACUGCCAUGUUUAUCUUUCACACAGAAAAGCAAUCAGUCCUGAAGUCAGUAUUUCUGGAAAUAUUGCUAUGAUGUUCUAUGACUGAUUUUGCUCAGUGAAGUGAUGAUAUUCCCAUAAAUAGACUCUUUCCAAGACUGAACUUUGGAAAAUAAUAACAUUUUAAGAUGGUGGUUCUGUUCACUCAUGUUAUCUAUAAAUAUGAAGAAGGAUAGAUAUCCAAUAUGUGUCCAGAGCUUCAGACUUCAAAAUUUAAAGUAUUUUGUUUGACAUCUGGUGCUAAGGCAUUCAGUCUUACACAAUCUUAAUGAGUUUAAUCCAUCAUUUUGACAUGUAAGUUAAAAGGAAGUAUACAAAGAUUCUCAAAGAGAAACUGUGAAUGCUUCUAAUUUAGCAAUGCUGUGAAUAAGAGUUUUUAUAUCCUGGAAAUAAUUUUUUAAUCAAGUUGUAUAUUCCAAAGAGUACAAGAAUUGUUUUUAUUUUUAUUAUUUUUUGAGCUGUAACUCAUCCUUCUUUGCAUAUCAUUUCCUUUUUUGGCACCUUAAAAUUUGCAAAAAGAUUUAAUCUUUUUUUUUUAAUGUGCUCAUUUUUCUUGUACUUUGUCAG